AUGGAGAGAAGGUACAGAAAGACUAGCAGGGCACUCACAAGGCAAGUAUUACUUCUCUUCCUAUUUUUAUUCGGUUGCUGUGGGGCUUCAGAGCAGAUUCAUUAUUCUAUGUCUGAGGAAAUGCCAAAGGGCUCCCUUGUGGGGAAUCUCGCCAAGGAUUUGGGCCUGAAUGUCAAAGAAUUAGCAAAGUACAAUUUGCAUGCUGUCUCAGUGGAUGAAGUUAAAUAUUUGUCUAUCAAUGGAGAGAAUGGAAACCUUUAUGUAAAUAGUAGGAUAGAUCGGGAAGAAAUAUGUGGCAAAAAUCCACUUUGCUUUGUUAAUUUUGAUGUGGUGAUUGAAAAUCCUCCAGACAUUUUCCAUGUAACAGUUGCAAUCCAGGACAUUAAUGAUAAUUUCCCACAAUUUCUAAAUGACAAUAUCAGUGUAGAGACAAGUGAAUUGACUUUACCAGGCACCCGAUUUCUCCUGGGGAAAGCUGAAGAUCCUGACAUUGGGGUGAAUUCUCUUCAGAAAUACCAGCUUAACACAAAUCCCUAUUUCACCUUGGAAGUAAAAGAGAGUCAUGAUGGAAAUAUGUUUGCAGAUUUAGUGUUGCAGAAAACAUUAGAUCGGGAAAGUGAGCAGACCAUUCACUUGAUUCUUGAAGCCAUCGAUGGAGGUGAACCCAGAAAAACUGGGACUGCGCAGAUAUGGAUUAAUGUCACUGAUGCCAAUGACAACCCACCCAUUUUCAAUCAAGAGGUUUACAAAGUCACUUUGAGGGAAAAUACACCUGUGGGGUCUUCUGUGCUCCAAGUUGUAGCAACUGAUAAUGAUGAAGGCACAAAUGCACAAAUCAGUUACCACUUCACAAACAUGCAUGAACAACAAAAUAAGUUCAAGGUGGAUCCUACUAAUGGCAUGAUUACACUUAUGGAGACACUGGAUUUUGAAGAAGCCAAAGAAUACAUUAUGACAGUUGCAGCAAAAGAUGGUGGUGGUUUGGUUACACACUGCAAAGUCGAAAUUCAGAUUGUUGAUGAGAAUGACAACCCACCAGAGGUAACUUUGGUUUCUUUGUUUAGCCCAGUCCCUGAGAAUUCUCAACCUGGUGUCUUAAUUGCUCUGAUCAAGGUGAAUGACAAGGAUGCAGAUGACAAUGGAAAAGUCACUUGCUAUUUAGGAAAUGAUUUAACCUUCAAGAUCCGUCCUUCAUCUAAUAACUACUACAAGAUCCUGACAGAUCAACCUUUGGACAGAGAAAAAUCUCCUGAAUAUAAUAUCACAAUCACAGCUACUGACAAAGGAACACCUCCUCUUUCCACAUACAAAAACCUUAUACUGCAAAUCUCGGAUAUCAAUGACAAUUCCCCUGCUUUUGAGAAAUCUUCCUACAGCCUCUACGUGCCAGAAAACAGUCCAUCAGGUGCCUCCAUUUUGACUAUUAAAGCCUCUGAUCUAGAUGCAGGCAAAAAUGCAAAGAUCACCUACUCCAUCCUCAGCAGCAACAUUCAGGAGCUUCCCAUCUCUUCCUAUAUCUCCAUUAACUCUGAGACUGGCACCAUCUAUGCCCAGCGAACCUUUGACUAUGAACAGUUUAGAGAGUUCCAGCUCCAAGUGAAGGCCCAAGAUGGAGGUUCUCCCCCUCUCAGUAACAAUGUCACACUCCGAGUGUUUAUUCUGGAUCACAAUGAUAACACUCCUCGUAUCCUGUUCCCUUCCCCAGAAACCAAGGGCCCCACUUCUUUUGAGAUGGUGCCUCGUUCUGUCCAGGAAGAUUAUCUAGUCACAAAAGUAGUGGCUGUGGAUGCUGAUUCUGGACACAACGCUUGGCUCUCCUAUCAUCUGGUCCAGGCCACUGAACCAGCCCUCUUCACCAUUGGUUCUCAUACUGGGGAGAUCAGGACAGCCAGGGCCUUUGUGGAGAGAGAUGCUGUGAAACAGAGGCUGGUGGUUGUGGUGAAGGACAAUGGACAGCCUCCUCUCUCAGCCACUGUCACUCUGAACCUGGUGUUUGCAGAGAACUUCCAGGAGGCCCUUCCAGAAAUGAAAAACCAGUCAAGGGACUCGGAGGCUCAGUCUGACCUCCAGUUCUAUUUGGUACUGGCCUUAGCUCUGAUCUCCUUCUUAUUCCUCUUGACAGUGAUUCUGGCCAUUACGAUGAAACUUCGGCGGUCAGGAAAUCUGAAAUUCCUGCAGUGCUUUGGCCCUAUUCCCCAUUCAACAGCAGGUGCCAUGUUUCCCCCUAAUUUUGAAGAUGGGACUUUGCCUUAUUCUUACCAGUUUUGCCUCUCCUCAGAGUCCCAGAGGAAUGAGUUUACUUUUCUGGCUCCCAAUGGUCAGAUUGCAAGCAAUCUUCUUGGUAAUGAAAAAUCUGAUGGACCAUUUACUGGCAAUGGAGGAAUGAGUUUGCAUUCUGAGGCAGAGAAUAUAGACAAGCUUUCAGCUGAGCUGUGCUUAUCAAAUACUGUUUGUGAAAACAAGAAAACUAUCAGUGCCCAGCAUUCUUUUGACUACGAGCAAGUCAGGGAGUUUCAGUUGCAAUUGAAAGCCCAAGAUGGUAGAUCCCCUUCCCUCACCAGCAAUGCCACAGUUAAAGUGUAUAUUGUAGAUCAGAAUGAUGACAGCCUUCAGAUCCUCUACCCUUCACAAGAAGUCAAGAACUCAUCUUUGUUUGACAUGGUGCCUUGGUCCGUUGAUGCAGAUUAUUUCGUGAACAAGGUGGUGGCAGUGGAAGCUGAUUCUGGUUGGCUCUCCUACCUUCAGGUUACAGAGCCAGCAUUGUUCCAAACUGGGCCCCAUACUGGUAAGAUCAGAACAAGGGCUGCUGUUAAGCAGAGGCUAGUUGCCUUGGUGAAGGAGAAUGGAUACUCACCACUAUCUGUUGCUUUGACUUUGAACCUGGUGUUUGCUGAAAACUUCUAAGAUGUAUUUCCAGAAGUUAUAGGUCAAAGUAAUGACUCUGACCAUCAGUCUGAACUUCAGUUUUAUUUAGUUCAGAGGACCCUUGUUUCGUUCUUAUUCCUUGUUACUUUGACUCUAGCAAUUACUGAUAGCAAAUCAGACAACCCUCAUUUCCUUCCUUGCUUUGAUCCUGCUCCUUUUUCAAACACUAGUGCCAUAUUUCCACCAACCUUUGAAGAAGGUGCUUUGCCUUAUUCCUGCCAGCUUUGUCUGCUCUCUCAAUCCAGGAAAAAUGACUUUGCAUUCCUAACAUCUAGUGUACAGAUUACAGACAAUGUUUUUUGCCAUAAAAAAAAUCUUCCACAGACAGUGGUGGAAACAAUUUCAACACAGAAGUGGAUAAUGCAAAUACGGUAA